AUGGCAGGCCGGCUGCUCCUCAUGGUGCUGGGCGCCUCCCUGGCUGGCCUCCUGCUGCCCGGGGGAGCGGUAAGGACCUUUGGCCUGCAGGCCGUGGCGAUGGCCCUGGCCGGCGGCGGUGGCCGGGCGGGGGGGGGGUCGGUGAUGCCCUCCACCUGCGAGUGGGCGACUGGCCCUGUCCCUCCAAGACGGCGGGGCCAGAAGCCCGGCCGGGGAGGGGGUCGGGGGGCUCCUUCUCGGGGGGCGGUCGCCCCCGCCGCCCGGGCGCCCCUCCGCGGGCCCACGGCUGGCGUCCACGCAGUGUUCGUCGGCCGGGACGGGGCGCACGCGGUGCUGGCGCGCGCGCGCAGGGCCAACUCCUUCCUGGAGGAGGUGCGGAAGGGCAACCUGGAGCGCGAGUGCCUGGAGGAGGCCUGCUCCUACGAGGAGGCGCGCGAGGUGUUCGAGGACGCGGCCAAGACGGCCGUGGCCGCCGCCGAGUGGACGUCGCGCCCUGGGCGGCCCCGGCGAGCAGCAGGCCGCUCGGCCUCCGCCGAGCGCCGGACAGACGCCCGUGCUGGACACCGCGUCGCGGGCGGCCCGGGCGCCAAAGGGCGGCCAUCCCCCGCGGGCUCCGCGUCCAGGCCCGGCGCGGGGCGAUGCCCACAGCCCGCAGGCGGGGCGCGGGCCGCCCUCCCGGGACCCCGUCCGGGCCUGCGUCCCCUCGGGAGGGAGCUGCCGGGCCUGGGCGCCGGUGUCGGCGUGUCUCCCAGCGUGGUCUGCCUCUGCCCUCAGGAUGAAUUCUGGAGCAAAUACACAGAUGGCGACCAGUGCGAGAGCAACCCUUGCCAGAACCAGGGCCGCUGCCAGGAUGGGGUCGGGGCGUACACCUGCACCUGCCCCGAGGGCUUCGAGGGCAGGAACUGCGAGUUCUCCACGAGGCAGUCCUGCAGCCUGGACAACGGGGACUGCGAGCAGUUCUGCCGGGAGGAGCGCAGCGCCGUGGUGUGCUCCUGUGCCCGUGGCUACGUGCUGGGGGACGACGGCCACUCCUGCAUCUCCACAGAGCCCUUCCCCUGCGGGAAGCGCACCCGGGGCCGCGAGAGGAGGGCGGCCCCCCAGCCCGAGUCCGCCGCGCCGCAGCAGGGCCAGGCCGACCCCGGGGACCUGAGUCCCACCGAGAACCCCGUCGACCUGCGGGGCCUGAACGAGACGGGCAGCCCCAAGGAGGACCAGAGCAACCUGAUCCGCAUCGUGGGCGGCCAGGAGUGCGAGAGCGGGGACUGCCCCUGGCAGGCCCUGCUGGUGAAUGAGGAGAAGGAGGGCUUCUGCGGGGGCACCAUCCUGAGCGAGCUCUACGUGCUCACGGCCGCGCACUGUGUCCACCAGGCCAAGAGGUUCAAGGUGAGGGUCGGCGACCGGGACACGGAGCAGGAGGAGGGCCAGGAGACGGAGCACGAGGUGGAGGGCAUCGUGAAGCACAGCAGGUUCGUGCGGGAGACCUACGACUUCGACAUCGCGGUCCUCAGGCUGAAGACGCCCAUCACCUUCCGCAUGAACGUGGCGCCCGCCUGCCUGCCCGAGAAGGACUGGGCCGAGUCCACCCUCAUGACACAGAAGACGGGCAUCGUGAGCGGCUUCGGCCGCACCCACGAGAAGGGCCGCCUGUCCACCAAGCUCAAGAUGCUGGAGGUGCCCUACGUGGACAGGAACACCUGCAAGCUGUCCAGCAGCUUCGUCAUCACGCAGCACAUGUUCUGCGCCGGCUACGACAACAGCCCCGAGGACGCCUGCCAGGGGGACAGCGGGGGCCCGCACGUCACCCGCUUCCACGACACCUACUUCGUCACCGGCAUCGUCAGCUGGGGCGAGGGCUGCGCGCGCAAGGGCAAGUACGGCGUGUACACCAAGGUCACCAACUUCCUGCGCUGGAUCGACAGGUCCAUGCGGGUCCUGGAGGGCCUGGAGCCCCAGGGGGCAGGGCUGGGCACCCUGCCCCCGCCCCAUUAAAGCGCCUGGGCCUCCCCCAGGCUUCCUGGCCAGC